AUGGUCAGAAAACUAAAGCAUCAUGAACAGAAAUUAUUGAAGAAGGUGGAUUUCCUUGACUGGAAACAGGACCAAGGUCAUAGAGAUACCCAGGUGAUGAGGACGUACCAUAUUCAGAACCGUGAAGAUUAUCAUAAAUAUAACAGGAUAUGUGGUGAUAUUCGUCGUUUGGCGAAUAAGCUCUCGUUGCUGCCACCCACAGAUCCAUUUAGGGUGAAACAUGAACAACUUCUCUUGGAGAAACUGUACAAUAUGGGUAUACUCUCCACCAAAUCCAAAAUAUCAGAUUUAGAAAAUAAAGUUACUGUCAGUGCUAUAUGUAGGAGAAGACUUCCAGUUAUCAUGCAUAGGCUGAAGAUGGCAGAAACCAUUGGGGACGCUGUGAAGUUUAUAGAACAAGGACAUGUGCGUGUGGGUCCAAACUUAAUUAAUGACCCUGCGUUCCUGGUGACUAGAAAUAUGGAAGAUUAUGUCACCUGGGUGGACAACUCUAAGAUCAAACAAACUCUAUUGAGAUACAGGAACAAAAUUGAUGAUUUUGAUUUUGCUUAG